UCCAAAAACAACUGGACUGGAAAAUAGAAAAUAUGCUAAUUAUUCUUCCCAUUUAAUCAGAUAAAGACUGAAGAUCAAACAUUUGAUACUAAUGUUUUUCCUUCAGCCUUAUUUACUUAUGGUCUGAUGCAAAUCAGUAGUUCUUGAAUAAUCAAAUCAAAAGUCAGAAUAAUUUUCCUGAAGUUCCUGUUUUUCAGUGAUAAAACACAGAAACUGUUUCCUGAGUUCAGUCUUGGUUCCUGCAGAGGAAGAGGAGACGUUCUUCGCUGCUGGAUCUUCAUCUUAAAUCAUCGGCUGCAGUUUCUGAUUUUCUCUGAGCGUUUUCAGCCGUCAGUGAUGAAUAUCAACAUCCUGGGGACCAAAGUCCAUGUGCUCCUGGUGUUUGUUGGGGCUCUGUGUGUCCUGCUGCUGUUUGGGUGCAUUGGGGUAAUCUCUUGGGGCAGCUGGAAAAUGAACCAACAGGAUGAAGCUGUGGCUGAUUUAAAGAAUCUUACUGAACAUCUGAAGACUGAAAAUGAAAAAUCACAGAAAGAAACUGAGAAACUAAACCAGACAAUCCAGUUAAUCCAGAAAUUCAAGGCCUUCCUGUUCAAUGAACACUGCAAUGACAAAGAGUGUCUGCUGUGUCAGACAGGUUGGAUCUUCUUCAGUGAAUCAUGUUACUUUAUCAGUGAUGUUUCUUUGACCUGGGAUCAGAGUCGUGCGUUCUGUCAGUUAAAAUCUGCUGAUCUGAUUGUUAUUAAUAAUCAGCAGGAACAGGAAUUCAUUUAUUACAACAUAAACACAAACACAGACUACUGGUUGGGGCUACGGAAUAAUGGGAGCAACUGGGUUUGGAUUGACGGUCGUAUCGACACACUUGGGUUCUGGAGCGGGAAUAACAAUUAUGAUUCAUAUGCACUCAUAUAUCGAACUGGGGAUCCCAGAGUGAGCUGGUUCUCAGUAGCAAACACAGACCCAUACUCAUUCCGCCCCCUCUGUGAGCAGAAAGCCUUCAAAGUGUCUCUUAAUUAACUCUGUUGCUGUUUCCUCCUUUUUCUGCUGCAGUUUUUCCAGAUUAACAGAUUAGAGACAAAUCAGAUUUUCUGUUUCAUCUUUACCAUGAAUAUCUUUAGUUUUUACUUCUGUUGCCUUUUACUGUUUAUUCAGUACAGAUGAUGUUUUCACCUCUAUAAAUAUAUUUACUUUAGCAAAAAAAUCUCCAAGAACUCAAAAUGACUAAAAUGAUUAAUUUCACUCAUUAUAAUCUGAUCUAAGUUUUGAUAUUUUUCCACAUUGUAAAUAUGCUUCAUUAGAGUGUGAUUAUUUGGUUGAUUUUAUUUACUGAUACUGGAAAUUAAUAUUCAUUAAAUACACUAUUGAAGUUUGUGUGGUCAAAAAUCCUCCCCCUCAAAGAUUGGCUGUUCUUUACUAUAAUCAUGUUUGAUUCAGUCAAUAUCAAUAUAUUUUAUUAAUUUAGUAAAACAAUUAAUCAAAGUGUCAUUAAAGGUGCAGAAACCCACCAGAUGAAGGAUUUAAAAAAGAUUUUCAGAAAAUUAAAACAGAUUAUAUUUGAUUCAUUGAAACAUUAAAUGAAAAUGAUUGAAAUAUUUUUUUUAUCCUACAAGUGAAUUCCUUCAAUGAAAGUUUGAUUUUUAUAGAUUUUUAUCUUGACUUGAUUUUAGUUACAGUUAGAAACAUUGUUUUUAUGUUUGGGUUUUGUAAAAAGUGUAAACUUUGUUUUAUUCUUAAACAACAAUAUAAUCUUUGGCCUGGAUUGCAAAAUCAAAACCAGAAAUGGUAAUGGCAAAAUUAUGCAAAUACAACCGUUCAUAGAUCAAUAAACUUUAGAUUCUAAUGAAUAUUUAACACUGCAACUGGAAGACAUUUAAAUAUUCAAACAAAACAAUAAAUAAAACAGAGACGUCCAAAAAUUGUCCCUGAAAUAAAAGGUUGAGACGAAAGCAGCAGAUGAAACGUCUGUCAUCCUGUUUUUGGUAGAAAGAGAGAAAGAAAAGAGAAAAACAAUAAAUCAUGCAGUUGGAAAUUAUUGAACUCAUUUUUAUUUACUGUGCAUUUCAUUGAUUUAUUGCAUCAGGCCAAUUUGUAAAGAGAAAAUAUUUUAGAUGAAUUCUUUAUUCUAGUUGUUUCCCUUUGCUAAUGUUGCACCAGAAUUUCCUCUGUGGGACAAUAAAGGAUAUUUUUUCUUCUUCAUGUAAUAUAUUUUUUAUUUAAUACUUUAAUCAAACUUUUCUGUAUAGAAAACUUUUGCCUUUAUAUUUAAAAUCUGAAAAAUUGGAUUUCAUGGGGUCUUUGACUAUUUACUAAAAUGUUUUUGUGUUUUCUGUCACUACAUGAUUGUAAUUAGUUGAUAGUUAAUAUUUUUGCCUGCUGCUGAUUGAGCUUCAUGAUAAUAUUGUUUAUCUACAAAUAAAGUGAAAUGCUGA